UUCUGUCCUGAAUGCCUCACUUAAAAAGCACUAUUCUGUCUGUUCUAAGGUGAUGGCCAUAUAUAAUGAUAAGCUUAUAAAGAAAAGUCUAGAGCUUUCUGUGAAAUGCAGCAGCAAAUCUCUAGAGGCUCAUGUUCUUAUAGCUUCUGUUCCCUCUGGAGCUUCUCCUUCUGUCUGUCCUUCUGCUGGGCUGCACCACAUGGAACCAGUUAUAAAAUUCAACUUCAUCUUAUAAAUUCACAGGAGUCCUACUCACACAAAAUUUUUAUUGGCGAACAGGUGUGUAGAGGAGGUAUAGAAGGGAUUUCUAUUGCAGCAAAGCAAAACCUUAAAAUGAAAUGGCUGGGAAUGGCGGGCCUCCUUCUUUAAAAAUGCUUUUCUACAUGGAAUAUGGAAAAUGCAGUUAAGAUAUGGCUUAUGCAAAAAGGCAAAAAGGAGUGCUUGCAGCAAUUUGGUAAUCAUUUAGAUCACCUGUAAAAAUAUUUUCAUCCUUUUUCUCAUAGCUUGCAGGAAACAAAAUUCCAAAAGGAUCGCAUAUUUAAAAGUAAAAUAUGCCACCAUACAAAUUUCAGAAGAAACUAUGAGAGAUUUUGUUUUGCUUUUUGUUGGUAAAAGAGAAAGAUUAUCUAAAAAUCCCAAAGCUGUGAAGACUCAAACUGGUAAGAUACAGACAUAGAUGUUUGGCAUAUGAAAAACUAUAUGAAGAAAGCAAAAAUACAGGCAAAAAUCUGAAGAAAAAUUCGUAGGCUAAGGAUUUGAAUAGACAUUUCUCCAAAGAAGGUAUAGAAAUGGUCAAUAAUCACAUGAAAAGAAGCUCAACCUCAUUAGUCAUUAGGGAAAUGAGAAUCAAAACCAAAACUCACUAUUAUUUCAAAACCACUAAGAUGGCUCAAAUCAACAGGAUGGACAACACAAGUGGUGAGGAUGUGGAGAAACUGGAACCCUCAUACAUUGCUGGUGGACAUGUAACAUGAUCCAAUCGCUUUGGAAAACAGUUAGGUACUUGCUCAGAAAGGUAAACAUAGAGUUAACAUGCAACAUAGCAAUUCCAUUCCCAGGUAUAUGCAUCCAGGACAACUGAAGCACGUUCACAUAAUAACUUACAAAAGAAUUUUCAUAGCAGAAUUAUUUAUAAAUAGCCAAAAUGUGGAGAGAAUCCAAAAGUCAUGAAUUGACAGAUAAACUGUGCUAUACUCGUAAAAUGGAAUAUUACUCAGCCAUUAAAAGGCAUCAGGUACUAAUACAUGGCACAAUAUGGACAAACCUUGAGAACGUUAUGCUAAGUGAAAGAAGCCAAACAGAAAUGACCGUAUGGUGCAUGAUUCCAUUUACAUGAAAUACCCAGAACAGACAAACCAACACAGACAGAAAGUAGAUUAGCAGUUGCUACGUCUUCGAGGAAAGGAGUAAUGAGAUGACUACUAAUAUGUAGGGCGUUUAUUUACAGGGUACUGAAAAUAUCCUGAAGCUAGACAGUGGUGAUUGUUGCACAACUCUGUCCAUAUACUAGAAACCACAGAAUUGUGCACAUUAUAAAAGGCAAUGUUAUGGCCGGUGAAUUAUAUCUCAAUAGAAAUAUUUGUGACCCCCAAAAGACUAACAUUUCAAUUAAAUAUACAGAAACUAUAAAUCAGAAGGCAAAAACAACCCAAUUUUACCAUCUCUCUCUCCAGCCAAAGUGAAGGGGGUACAUUCUAUUAAUACAUCUUAUUUUUUUAUCUCUUCAUUAACAAGUUCUGUUCUCAUUAUACAAAACUGGUCUCCAUUUCUAAUCACACAAAACUAGUCUCCAUUUCCUUAUGUCAGUUUUCACUAUUGUAACUACAUAAACAGAGCACUUCCAUGGCUUUUAUAAAAACCCACCCACUCAUACAAUCAGACAUAUCAUUUUUGGAAGCUUCUUAUGUGCCAGGAACUAGGAUACUCUGACCAACACAGCAGACAAGGUCCUGCCUGCAUGGGCCUUCUAUUUUUGUGGAGCAGUCAGAUGAUAAACCAGCCAAACAGUAUGUAAUGUUACCUAACAUCAGGAGGGAGACGUAUAAUUUUGGAGGUGUCCCAAGCUGUGUCUCUCUCAUGAAGAGUUCCCUCUUGCCUCUGAACCCAGUGGAAAGUAAACACUUUGAAGGAACUGUGAGGUCAGUAAGUGUGAAAAAAGACAUUUCAUUUCAGUUUCAUUUGGUUGGUUUUACCUGCUACGUUGUCAACAUUUUUUUAAACACUCUCCUGCAGCUGACAUCAACCACCCCCACAAAAAGCAAAAACAAAACUCGAUGCCAUGGAGUCGAUUCCGACUCACAGCGACCCUGUAGGACACAGUAGGGUCUCCAAGGAGUUCCUCGUCUUAGGACACAAAUAAUUCCUGCUUAUGAGAAUCUGAAAGUUGUUCACUGUGGAUGUGUGAAGGACUCAGUAACACUUGCAAAGAUUUCCAUGUGGGUGUGGUGCUCAAGUGUGAGCACUGGGGGGAAUGGACCCCAUGUGCACUUUGCAUCCUUCUGGAGAUUAUGACACAGCAAACAUUCCCUCCUCAUCGGCCUGCAUCUUGGAAGAGGACAGAGGGAAUUGUUAGGCAGAACCAUUUGAAAAUGCAUGGCAAGAAAUUUUAUUGAAACAUUAAAUUCAAAAUAAAAUCUUCCUAUGUUUUUCAACCUUCCCUACCUCAUUUCAAAGAGGUAAUUGGACUCACAGAGUUAAAGCCCUGAAACUUCGAGACUCUGAAGAGUCUGUUUUAAGAGUCUCAGCUCAUUGGAGUAAUCACACUGAGUGAACUGGAACCCAGGGGAAGAGUGGGAGUCAGACAGCAGAGACCUACACAUUGGGAAGGGGUGAGGCCUGCUUCUUGAUAAUGCCCUGGGCUAGGUGGCAGCACCUCAAAGGGUAAUGCAGGCACACAAGUAGACAAACCACGUUACGGUGUUCCCAGCCCUGCCAAGGUUCUCAUGCUCCAUCUGGGAAUGGAAGCAGCAGAGACAAUGAUUCUAGAGAGAUCACCCACAUAGGCUGAGGCGAUGGGUGUGUUAAAGAUCUUCAAACCUUGGUCCUUCUUUGGACCCCGGGGUACCCAGAAAAUAAACCAACACCAAACAUACCCCUACAAAGAAGUAAGGUUAAAAUUUUACCCCAAUUUUGUAAGCCGAGAGCUCUGAGUUGGAAUUCAGUUUAUUUAAAGAAAUAUCAAGUUUUCUUGCACACAUGAAUUUGUGCUGAUUCACUUACAAUUCAUAUUAUUCAUUUAUCCACGAAGUCAGCAAACAUUUACACUAUAACAGCUAUAUGUGAGACCCUAUGGCAGUUGCUCUUGAUGAUGAAAUGACUCAGAGAAUUUCCCUCAAUGCCUGGUGAGAGAAACAGCCAAGUUAACAGUUGUAUCAGUCACGUAUUGCUCUGUAACAAAUGACCCCAAAUUCUCGUGUCUUAAAAGAGCAAUAAUUUACCAGCUCACAAUUUUUCAAGUUGUCAGUUUGGAGCUCUUCUGAUCUGGGCCAGCCUCAGUGGCUCACAACACGGCUUCCUCACGUGUCCACAAUUUGCUUCCAGGUAGCUGGGAGCCAGUUCAUAACAUCAAGUCAGUGAAACCGCUAGAUCCUCCCUCCAUUGGUCUUCCAUCAUCUAGCAGGCUGGCCUGAGGAUGUUCCCAUGAGUUCUCAGGGUUUAAGAGCAACAAAAGGGAAGUCUCAAUGUAAAGUCUUCCAACUCUCUCAUUUUAUCAGGUUUUCUACCAUCCCAAUGUUCAAAACAAUAAUGUCAGCCCCAACUGAGGGAUGGAGAAAGACUCCUGCUGCUAAUGAAAGGCGCUCCAGAGUCUCAUAGAAGGCAUGGGCACAGAGAGAGGAUAAAUGUGUAGACAUUUCUUACAUCAACCACAACAGGUAAAUGCAAUUGUGUUUUAUGCUGUGGUAAAGGGUUUUGCAGGUACAAUGGAGUAGGGAACAAGAAGUGAACAAAUCUACCAGGAGGAUAUUUAGGGAAGUGAUGUCUGAACCAAGUUGAGAAUAUGAUUGGAUAGUUAAGGCGUGAAAAAAGGCCCGGGUCCAGGAAGCCCCAUGUCUUCUCCAGAGAGAAGUCUGAGGAGACAGGCUGAAGCCACUGAGGCAUUUGAAACAUUUGUGACCAGAUGCAGAUCAUCUUUUGUUCUACUGUUUUCCAACCACUCGUCCCUAUUUAUAGUUUGGAGUCAUACAAGAGUAGACCCUAGCAUUUCCCUGUUGAAACUUUUAUUUUCCUCUGAGAAGUCAUCACCACCCCAAUGUUCUUAAUUGCUUCCUCAAAUGCUGUCUCCAUUUACCACCUCCUUUUCUAUAUGGGCUCCAGAGUGAAAGCAGAGCCUGAAAGAUGCAGAGGUCAUGGACUUUCCCCAAGUCAACUCCUAAACCUCCCAUUCUGGCUGACCACAAAUUCCUGAGUCUUAGCAUUUUAUGGUGAGCUCAGAAGCCCAAUCUGUUCCAAUGGGGUCAGUUCUCUUAACCACCAUGCUUCACCAGAGAGUAGGCCAUCAGAUGGGAUGGGAGAGAAAAUCUUCUAGUCACAGGGAAGAGCCUGUGUGAAGCCUCACAGGCUAAGGAGACCUGAUAGGUGUUCAGAGCGGACAUUGUAUGACCAGGGCUGGAGAGACAUGAUUCCAAGAGAGUCAAAUGAGAAGUUUUGGAGAAAUCAACUGCUGGUCACACUGUAACGAUUCCAUGUACUCUCUCUCUCCCCACCAAGGGAUAGGAAUGACAUGGAGUGCAGAGAAAAGUUGCAAUUCCUUUUUUAUAUCCAAGCCCCCUUUUCCCAGUCUGGGACUGGCAGUAUUCAAGCUCCUACUUGAACAGUUUCAUAUUUUUCUUUUUGCUGUGUUUCUGUUUAAAGUGGGCCCAUGGAACUGAGCAAUGUCAGGAAUGAUGUCACACAGGGUUAUGGAAGCCAUGCCAUUCAUGCUGAUCUCUUUUGGUGAGGAUGUCGAUCUGAGAUCCUGUGGGAGAGCACCUGGAACUACUCUAUCACGGAAAUUCCGGACUAAACCCGGGUCCCCAAGUCACCAAACGGUCAUGCAUCAUGAAGAACUGGAAAAAGGGAUAAAGAUCCUUCAGAACAUCAUUAUGAUUGGACAUCUUCACCCAGAGAGGAUGAAACAGUGAUACAGAAGGAAGAGGCCUUUCUCUAAGACUCUAGAUAAGGGUGAGAGGAAAAAUUGUCCCAGACUGAUGUGUGUUACGGAACAAAGGGUCUGGUUUCCACCAGAAAAGAGAGCCAUGAUAGGACAAGAUGAAGGAAUUGGGAACGGAUAAGGUCAUAAGGAGGAGCGUCCUGAGAAAGCAUUUCCUGUCAUUUGGUGGACAAUUAACCAAAUUCUUAUAUCAACAAGAAAUGUACGAAUAAGUGAGGGAUCAAGCUACAGAAUUCAUUGGGAGUUUGAGAGCUUUCCAGAACAGAUUCAGACGAGGCACUCUGCUGUUUAAGAUCUGUACCUGGUGGAAAGGAAGGAAGCCAGUGGACAACUAGGGCAGAGAGUAUAGGAUGGGGAAAAGGGUGGUUAGAGAGAAGCGUACUUUAUUAUAUUUUCUAAUGACAUGAUAUUAAUGUACUAUGUGAAGAAUUAAGAAAAUAUCUCAGGAGGUUCUGGCAGUGAGAAGUUGAAGGAGCCCAGAGCCCACAUCAUUGAGGGCAGAAGAUGGCUUGCAGACUCCUCCCCUAGAUUCAGGAACUCCCCUUCUCCUCCUAUGUCUUCUCCCCACAUCUCUCGAAGGGCCUAAAAAACCCUCACAGCAAAGAGAGCUAUAGGAUAGAAUUUUUUUUACAUUCCUACUUUCUUAACCUGAAUUUUGUCUAGGAUCUUUAAUUUGCCACUCCUUUCAGGGCAGUUUUGUUGCCCUCUCCACUACCAUUAUUUUGCUGCCCCCCACCACUACUCCAGUGCUGCCCUCCACUGGCCCUAUUUCCUUUUGCUUCCUAGGUUUCUAACUGGCCUCUAAAACCCUCUUGAGAGAUCCCCUGCUGCAACUUCUGUCACGGAACUUGCACUCCACUCCCAAGACGCUUCCAUCUCUUUCUUUCUUAACUCGCCAAUCCUACCUUCAUACUCAGAAAAAUACAGACCCUUAUGUUGACAUAUACAACCCACCCACACACUCAGUUGAUGUGGUUGUGUCUUGGCUACUGAGAUUUGUACCAUCGGACUCUCAAAUAUGGACAUCUCUUUCUGCCUCACACUGAAAGAGUAUUUCUCAUAAUGACCUGGUGAGAGCUUUCUGUUCAGGGAAAGGCAAUUUUAAAGGAGAAGCUUUAAAUUAUACAUAAAUGUACAAAUUUUGCUCCAAGUAUAAUUCCUUGAAUAACAGGUCUUCCCUUAAUGGCCACAUAAACCAGGGACUCCAUCAGCCUGAAACCAGAAGAACUAGGUGGUGUGCAGCUACAGUCAAUAACUGCCCUGACAGAGGAUACUUGCAAGUUAUAAAAAUGAUGGUACCCUCAAAUACAGCCCUUAUACUGAAAGAAAAGACCAAUAUGAAUGUCAGAGAUACUCUGAAACUUGCUCUUGAAUGUAAAGUAAUGAAAGAAAUGAUGAAGUAGAAGAGCUGAAGAGAAGAUUUCAAAGGGCGGCUUGAGAAGACAAAGUAUGAUAAUGACAUGUGCAAAGACUUGGCGUUAGAAAAACAAAAGGGAAGAACAUGCUUGGCAUCUCUCAAGCUAAAGGAACUGAAGAAAAAAUCCAAGCCUCGACAUGCAAUAGUGAAGGAUUGUACUUGUACGGGCAAAAUAUUGAACAACACAGGAAGCAUCAAAAUAAGAUGGAAAGAAUACACAGGGUCACUGCACACACACACACACACACAAAAGCAUGGGUCGAUGUUCAACCAUUUCAGGAGGAAGCAUAUCAUCAAGAACUGAUGGUACUGAAGGAAGAAGUCCAAGCUUCACUGAAGGCAUUGGCAAAAAACAAGACUCCAAGAACUGACAGGUACCAAUUGAGAUGUUUCAACAAACAGAUGCAGCACUGGCUGAAUAAUUUAGCCAUCCGAUUGGAAGAGAUCCAUGUUUGUGCACAUUCCAAAGAAAGUGAUUCAACAAAAUUCAGAAACUAUCAACAAUAUCAUUAAUAUCAAAACCCAGUACAAUUUUGCUGAAGAUCAUUAAAAAGAAGUUGCAACAGGAAUUCAAGUCAGAUUCAGAAGAGGAUAUGGAAUGAAGAAUAUCAUUGCUGAUGUCUGAUGGAUCUGGGCUGAAAGCAGAGAAUACCAGAAUACCAGAAAGAUGUUUCCAUGCGUUUUAUUGACUAUGAAAUGGCAUUAUACUGUGUGAAUCAUAACAAAUUAUGGGUAACACUUCAAAGAACGGAAAUUCCAGAACACUUAAGUUUGCUCAUGUGAAACCUGUACAUAGACCACGAGGCAGUUCUUCAGAGAGAACAAGGGGUACUAUGUGGUUUAAAAUCAGGAAUAGUUUGUGUCAGGGUUCUAUCCUUUCAUCACAUUUAUUCAAUCUGUAUGCUGAGCAAAUAAUCCAAAAAGCUGCACGAUAUGAAGAAGAACGUGGCAUUAGGUUUAGAGGAAGAUUCAUUAACAACCUACGAUAUGCAGAUAACACAAACUUGGUGAAAAGUGAAGAGGACCUGAAGCACUUAGCGGUGAAUAAAAAAGACUACAACCUUCAGUAUGGGUUGCACCUCAACAUAAAGAAAACAAAAAUCUUCACAACUGGACCAAUAAACAACAUCAUGAUAAACAGAGAAAAGAUUGAAGUUAUCAAGGAUCUCAUUUUAUUCAGUUCCCCAGUCCACGCUCAUGAAGCAGCAAUCAAGGAAUCAAAUGAUGUAUUGCAAAUCUGCUGCAAAAGAACUCUUUAAGCUGGUGACAAGCACAGAUGUCACUCUGAAGGCUAAGGUGUGCCUGCCAAAAGCCAUGACGUUUUCAAACACCUCAUACGCAUGUGAAAGCUGGACAAUGAAUAAGGGAAACCGAAGAAGAAAUGCUGCCUUUGAGUUAUGGUGUUGGUGAACAAUAUUGAGUAUACCACAGACUGCCAGAAGAACAAACAAGUCUGUCUUGGAAGAAGUACAGCCAGAAUAUUCCUUACAAGCACAGAUGGUGAGUGUUUGUCUCACACACUUUGGACAUGUUAUCAGGGGAGACCAGGCCCUGGAGAAGAACAUUAUGCUUGGUAAAGUAGAAAGUGAAAAAGAGGAAGACCCUCAGUGAGAUGGAUUGACACAGUGGCUGCAACAAUGGGCUCUAGCAUAAUAACAAGUGUGAGGAUGGCACAAGACUGGCCAGUGUUUUGUUCUGCUGUAUAUAGGGUCACGAUAAAUUAGAACUGACCUGAUGACACCUAACAACAACAAUACGCUGUUCAGCUCACUGCCUGUCUCUUAGUUUGCUGUACUGUGGUGGUUUGGAUGUUGCUAUGAUGCUGGAAGCUAGGCCACCAGUAUUUUAAAUACCAACAGGGUUAUCCAUGGUGGACAGGUUUCAGUGGAGCUUCAAGACUAAGACACACUAGGAAGAAAGACCUGGAGAUUUACUUCUGAAAAUUGGACAAUUAAACCCUUACAGAUCACAAGAGAAUACUGUCCAAUUCACUUGCUUUGGACAUGUCAUCAGGACAGAUUAAUCAGUCCUAGAGGAGAAUAUCAUGGUUGGUGAAGAAGAAGGCCAACAAGGCUGUAGGAGACCCUUGGUGAGAUGGACUGGCACAUUAGCCAUAAUGAUGGAAUCUAAAUUGCUGGCACUUGUGAGGAUGACACAGGACCUGGCAACCUUUAGUUCUGUGGUACCUAAGUUCACCAUUAGUCGGAGUCACCUCAAUGGCAGCUAGCAAAAAAUUACUGUUUGAGAGGAGAACUGAGAUAUGAACUUGAUACAAUAUACCAAAUGUUAAAAUGUUCAAAGAUCUCAUGUUUACUAUGAAAGAAUAGGAAUUGAAAAUACAACUUUCAAAUAGCUAGAAGGAAAAGGAAAGUAAGAGAAAUUUUAUCAUUCCAAUAAAAAAAUAAACAGGAAAGGCAGAAUAAAAAAAAAAAAAAAAAGAACAGUGAAUAUGAAGUAUAAUACGGGAAUUAUGUCUAAAUGUAUGAGUAAUAGCAAGAAAAAGGGAUUAAUACCUAAGGAAAAAACAUGUACACUCAGCUUAGACUUGCAAAUCCAGCCAUAUCUUAUUUAUAAAACAAAAUUAAAACAUAAUGACAGAAACUUUUAAAUGAUGUAAAUGAAGAAAUUUCUACUUUUUAAAAAAAAAAAUUUUUUUUUUUAAUGACUACAGGAAUAACCCUCUGCCAGAUACUGCUGAUACAGAAAGGAUUAAGAAAAGAUUCCUUGCAGUCUGGUGAGAGAAACAGCCCAGUUAACAGAUCAGUUAUCAAUUGCUCUAUAACAAAUGACCCAAAAAUGAAGUGCCUUAAAAGAACAAGCAGUUACUUCGCUCACAGUUUUGCAGGUUGGCAGUUUGGGGUUCUUCUGGUCUGGGGCAGACUCAGCCGCUCUCGGAUGGGCUCCCUCAUGUAUCUGGAAUCAGCCACCAUGUCAGCUGGCGGGCAGAGGGUGUGAAAUCUUCUCAGCUGGAUUCUCUCUCUAAUGGUCUCUUGUCAUUUAUUAGGGUGGCCUGGGCUGUUCCCAUGGAUUCUCAGUGUUUGAAGAGCAGCAAGAGGGCAAGGAGGAGCCCUGGUGGUGCAGUGGUUAAGGGCUCAGCUGCUGAAGGAAAGGUAAUCAGUUCGUACUCACCAGCUGCUCUGUGGAAGAAAGACAUGGCACUCUCCUCCUGUAAAGAUGACAGCCUUGGAAAUCCUAUGGGGCAGUUCUACUCUGUCUUUCAGGGUCACUAUGAGUUAGAAUAUACUUGAGAGUGAUGGGUUUGGUUUUUGGUAAGAGAGCAAGCCACGAUGUGUCUAAUUAUAUCCGGUCUCUGCUUCUAUUAGUCUUUGUACUGUCCCAAAGGCCAAAGCAAUCAUAGAUCAGUCCAAAUUCAAGGAGUGGAGGAAGAAUCUUGCUCUUGAGAAAGGGAGCUGUAAGUCAUAUAAUAUGUAUGGAUACAUACAUAUUAGAACAUGUGGCCAUUUUUGCUAUCCAUCACAACAUGUAAAUGCAAUCAAGUUUGUCCCUAGUUGUGGCAGAAGCAUUUCUUAAAUACAAUAGAGUACGCAGCAGGGUGGGAAAUUCUACCAGGUGUAGGGUUGGAAAGGCUUCCACCACGAAGUGAUGUUUGACCUAAAUUUUGAAACACGAGUGGAUGGUUAGGAGAUUUUCUUUUUUAUAUAUUUCCAACCACUUGCCCACAUUCUACCAUCUGUCGUCACACAAAACGAGCCCUCUGCUCCCAUGUUGACAUCUUUCAUUUUCCUUCAAAUCCUCAGGCUCUCCUCUACCUACCAAGCACAACUUCCCAAACCCUGCCUUAAAAUGUUUCAACAAUUUGCUUCUUCCUUUCCUAAUUGCCCCCUGGACAAAAAAGGAGAUCAAGCAGAGGACAGUGGACCUUUCCCCGAGGGCUCUCCUAAGCCUCCCAAGCAGGUUUACCAUAGACGUCCGGAGUCUCAGUGCUUUUCUGUGAUGAUGUAAUCCUACCCUUUUUAGUGGCUCCAAGGGAGAAGCAUGUGGACAGGCCAAGAGGCUUCACAGGGUUUAGAGUCAGGAGGUCAAGAGAGAGUGGCCUAGACACCACCACUGAGUGAUGGUACCUCCAGGCAACAGACCAAAAACUCCAUUCUGCACAGAUGGCUACGAAGGGUGAGUCUUUUGGAAGAGUCUUCUGUUAUUUAAUCAAUAGAUAUAUAUUGAGUAUCUCCUAUGGGUGGGGCUCUGUCUCACUUUCUGGGACUGCCAAAAAUAAGGCAGAUCCCAUCUUUGUCCCCAAGUUAUUUACAACCCAUUUGGAAGACAAAAAUUGGAAAAUGAGCACCUCCUAUGACUCAGUGCUAUGAUGGAGGAUUACUAGGUGCUCUGAAUACAUAAAGCAGGAGCACAGACUGGGUACCUUGGAGGAGGAACCAGUCAACAGGAAGGGAGAGAACGUCUACUAGUCAGAGGGAACAGCCUGUGUGAAGCCUAAGUGGCAAAGGAGGCCUGAGAGGUGUUCAGAGUGGACAUUGUGUUUCUAGAGCUGGAGAGAUUUGAUUCAGGCCAGAGAAGAGGUUUGGGAGAAACAGCGACUCAUUAUACUCUUCUAUUCCCUCAACUCACAGUUUCCUUCCUCUUGGAUAUUGACUUAAGUGAACAUUGCAAUUCAUUUUUAAGAUAUAAUUUCCCUCCUCCCAGCCUCCUAGCCUCUCCCACAACAGUUGCCAUAUUUUUUCCUAGUGCGCUGUUUAGAUUCAAACUGGGCCCUCGGAACUGAGCGAUGUCAGCGAUGAUGUCACACAAGGGUUACUGGAAGCCUUGGUGCUCACUCAGAUCCUAACUGCUCUUUGGAGAGGUUGUGGCUCUGAGGUCUCCUGUGGGAGAGCGACUUUGGAUACCAAAUUACAAACGGUUCUGCCUAAAUCAAGGUCCGCAACUUGUGAGAAUUUGGGACAUCAUCUCUACGUGGGAGGAGGAGAAACAUCUUGCCGGUGACCAUCCUUCGUGGUUCAUCUUCACCCAGCCAGAAUGGAGCGGCAAUACAUGAGGAAGAGGCCUUUCUCUAAGGCCCGAGAGGUCUCUAUCCAAGAGGAAAAUGCCCAAGAGUCAACAACAUCCCAAGAAAAAAGUCAAAGCUCCAGGCACAGGAAGAUUCCAAAACAAUCUGAGAACUCUUCUCCUUUAUCUUCCACCGAGCAGACCUCUCAUUCCUCCAGUUACGGGGCUGCCCCAGGAAAGCGAUGGGUCAGGUGCGCAUAUUUCACCAAGGUGCGCACGGUCAAGGGGGUAGCGGUCGCCUGGCAGACCAAAACCUCCUUUGCACCCGUGGGCAAGAUGCCCCAGGUCUUUGAGGCCGAGCUCUCUGAGGAGAGCACCAUCGGCUCUGCCCCCAGUCUGGCCAACACUGAGUCCCUGGUCAGCAACCUGGAGCCCUGGCAGGAGGGGCCUCAGACCUGUACCCAGAAGCCCACUGAUCAAGGGGAGGAGCAUGGGGAGAGACCCCGCCCAACCACCCCGGAGUGGCUGGUGACCCGUGAGUGCGGCUUCCGCUGCGUGGCCUGCUGCCGUGUGUUCGAGUCCCGUGACGCCCUCGUGGCCCACGCGGAGCAUGGUGUGACUCAGGGCUUCAGCUGCCGGGUCUUCUUUGAAGAGCUGCUGGAGAGGCGGCUGCCACGCUCAGUCCAGCGAAGGCCCAGACGCUGCCACCAGCUGGCCAGGCGUUGCCUGAUGGCCACCAAGAAGAGGGAGGUGAGGGAGAAGACAGCAGUCUGCAGGCGCCUCGAGGAACAGCUGGAGAAGCAGAGAGAAGAACUGAAGAGGCUGAGGCACCAGCUGGACAGGCUGCAGAGGCAGGAGACCAGGCUGCAGAAGGCGCAGGCGCACCACCGAGGCCAGAGGGGAAAGCGCCUGAAGACGUGCUAGAACCCCGGGACUAGGAGGAGCAGGGCCUUUGGGCUGGAAACGUGGGCCCUUCAGGAGAGACCUCCAUUCAGGUUUGUUUAACCCAGCUCCCCUGGAAGAUCAUACCCUCCUUCCACUGUGACCCCAACCCUCCCAACCCAAGCGCACAGAGAACUCCAGCCCUAAGGGGGAUCUGGAUGGAAGAAGCCCCAGAUACCUGACCACAGACACCAGGUCCCCUCAGAGGCUCCCCUGGCCCAGGAGAGGACAGGACAGGCCUCAUCUGGAUGGUGAGAUCUUGGGACCCUAAGGAUGAGCGCAGCAUAAAUAGGGAAAGGGAAAGGGGAUUUCAGUGGGACCUGGGAGGAUUGGGGGGGGCCCUGCUGAGGCGUGAUGGUGAAGGGGGUGUCACUGAGUUCUUUGGAGGAGAAGGAAUCAGAGAGAUGGCAGGCUGUUGGGAAACAUGUCUGCAGGUGAGCAGUGGACAUAAAGCCCUAAACAAACAACUCUGGGUCCCUUCCCAGCAGUAUAGAGGCAGAGAAAGAGGCAGGGCUUGGUAGGAGGAGAGGAGGGCAGGUUGAAGGAAAAUGAACUCACCCAAGCCAUGUCUUCUGGUCUCCUAGGGUGAAUUUGGGUUUAUGAUUGGGAUGCAUCCUUUUUGCCACAUUAGGGGAAUGUAAGUGGGAGGUGGUGUAGAAAAAUCCCCCUGGGUGUUAACCAUUUCUGGAUAAGAGUUGAUCCAGGGCUUGCAGGAUAUUUCCUGUAGAGCAUGUCCUAGGGGAAGGGGUAGAGCUUUGGAACUUUUUCUUCUCCUAAAUCAAGCUGUACAUUCCGGUUCUUGACAUGUCAAACAAACUUGCUAAUUUUUUUUUGUUUUCCUGUGGUCAAAUCUGACCUGUCGCGAGGUCAAAGAACUGGAAGAAAAAGGCCCUCUGAGGUGAAAGAACCAAAGGAGAGGAAAGGCUUCAAACCCAGGGAGAACAGCAAGAACACAGGUGAUCAGAGGUAAUGGUGGGAAGGGGCAGAUUCAGGCCCAGACUCAACAGUGGACAACAAAGCCCCAGUCUCAGUCGCGACAUCAAAUCCCAAGUCUGGGGAAGCCCUGGACAUGACAGGGGUGUAUCCAUCUCUCUAGGAAAUGAGACCACAAGUAUCACAGGGAACCCCCCAGGGGCAGAGGAAUGGAGGGCAGGGCCUCUAGGAUGGGCACCUCCGUCCACAGUCUGUCCUGUGUGUAUUCCUCAGAGUGACAGAGACAGCUCCUGUGAGGGAGAGGGUCACAGGCAGAGAAGAACCAAGGUGUUCAGACCAGGUAAAUUCUGCAGUCUCCUAAGGAUCCAAAACGAAAAAUCAGAGAUUCUCAGAGGUAUCAGGGUGGGAGGGGUUGGUAUUCCCAGGCUGGGGAGAGGCUGGCUGGGGAGGUGCUGCUUUCUGAAAUCUUUUCAUCAACAUCUUUCUUCUUAAAAGCUACCUUCCCAGUUGAUGUCCUCUAUGAUCUAGGCUCAGACCUGAAUGGGGCCUAGAAUGCACAAAGGUGGGUUAUCCAGUGGGGCUACACAGGGAGGAGGUGGAAGCAGCAUAUCCAGGAAAGAGAAUCUUCUAGAGGCGCAUGAGUUACCUAGUGAAUCGCACAUGGCGUCCAGCCUUCUACAUUUAGCUGUAGACGUGUGCUUGCAAGAUGUGUUUGAGGGGUAACUCUACUGACUUCCCAAAAUUAUUUUUGGUCAUUUCCAGUUAUAGAGACCAGAAGAACUCACUGGCUCCAAGAACAACAAGAAAUCCACUGGAUCUUAUUAUUACUUUCUGCGGUGUGCUCUCCUGCCAGUGAUUCAAAUCUUUUGUCUGUCAUUCUGGAGAAUUUUCACCUAUUUUAAAUAUUUAACAAAACACGUUAAAAUAUACAUGUAUCUAUGAUGUUUAUGAAUUUCCAAAGCUCUGAAAUUGUUUUUUUAUCACAUUUGCAAGAUCACAGAUUUGUGUGACAAAAAAAUUUAUGUCAGGGUCCCA